AUGAACUCGAUUCUGUCAGCGCCUUUCGCGCCACUACUCUACCUACGUCCUCAGUUUCGUCAAGAUCGGGACUGGUCUUACCGACAAGCACUGGCAAACACAUUUAUCAAAGUCUUCCUACGCAUUUUUGUGGCAUUUCACACAAAGCCACCACUUUCUCUGAAGCCAGGUCUAGAUGGGGACCGCUUCGUCGUGAUAGAGCCCGGGGCACCAGAGCUCUACACCAGCAUCACAGUAGAUGACGAGAUCCAGCCAGUGGCGGUAGGAGGUACUUGGUUUCCAUCACUCUACCAGUACAACACAACAACCACACAAGACAAGCACGUCGUGCUUCACUUCCAUGGGGGUUCUUACAUUCUCGGCGACGGACGUACAUCAUCUUGCCAGUUCCUCGCCAACAGUUUGCUAAAGCACACACCAACAAGCCACGUCUUCAGCCUCCAGUACCGUCUGGCCUGUAACCCCAAUGGCCGUUUCCCUGCCCAACUCCAAGAUGCCAUUUCGGCCUACUCAUACCUACUCCACACUCUACACAUCCCGGCGUCUCGCAUCGUUUUCAGUGGCGACAGCGCAGGUGGCCACCUCGUCCUCGCUCUCCUACGUUACAUCACCGAUUAUGACGACGAGAAGGUCCUUCCCUCGCCAACUUGCUCGUGGCUUUUCUCGCCCUGGUGCGAUAUACCCGGUGCCCGCAACGAGCAUCUCUGGCAAAACAUCCCCAAUGUGCGGACGGACUACAUCCCGCCCUCGUUCCCCGCGUGGGGUGCGAAGCAUUUUAUCGGUAAUCUACAGAUCACGCCCGAGUUCGAGCCCUAUCUCGCGCCGAUCUGGCAUUCUUUUGUCCUGCCUUCGCCUGUUCUGAUUGUUUCCGGUGGCAGGGAGGUGAUGUGUCAGGAACAUGAUCGGCUGGCGAGACAUUUGAGUAAAAUGCAGCAGAAUGAAGGUCGAGUGGAGUAUUUUGUGCAGGAUCUCAUGCCGCAUGAUAUCCUUAUGGUUGCUUGGAUUCUGAACUUUCGAAAAGAGGCUGAUCAGUGUGCCGUUAAAGCUGGGACAUUCUUGACGAGGAUGCAGGCUCUGUCGGAGGAAGAUGGCAGUGAGGUUCCUUCUGUGGCCUUUGAGUCACGAUGA